UCUGCCAUGGACGGCGCAGCGCAGGAGCAGGACGCGGUGAAGUUUGCGCAGCUGGCCGUCCAGAAGGACCAAGAAGGGCGAUACCAAGAAGCGGCGUUUUACUACAAGGAAGCUGCACAAGCUUUGAUUUAUGCUGCAAUGGCAGGAUCAACCUUAGAAAAUAUUCCAGGGAAAAUAAGUGAAUAUUUGGAAAGAGUUCAAGCUUUAUAUGCUGCAGUUCAGUCACAGAGAGUUGAUCCCUUGAAAUCAAAGCAGCAGCUGGACUUGGAGCGUGCCCAUUUCCUGGUUACCCAGGCUUUUGAUGAAGAUGAAAAAGGCAACAAAGAGGAAGCCAUUGAGCUGUACACAGAAGCGGUGGAACUCUGUUUGAAAACAUCUAAUGAAACAUCAGAAACAGUUCUCCAAACAAAACUGAAGCAGCUAGCUCGGCAGGCAUUGGACAGAGCUGAGGCACUGAAAGAUUCAAAGCCAUCUCAGAAAGACAAGCCAGCUCCAGUGAAGCAAAAUCAGCCAGUGAGAACUUUCUUCCCAUUGGGACCUGAUUUUUCCUUGAAUGAUAAGCCACAGUCUGUCAGACCUAUCCAUGCUAGUGAACCUCAAGGUCAGCGAUACACUGUAGAGGAGAUCCAAGUGCUCAGGAAGACAUCAAAAAUAAAUGGCAUUGAAUAUGUCCCUUUCAUGAGUGUUGACCUGAGAGAGCGUUUUGCUUUUCCAAUACCUUUCUCAGAUAAAUGUGGCCCAUUGCCCUUGUCUCCCAAGCAAAAGGCUAUGUUUUCCCGGUGGGUGCGGCCAAACGAUUUAACAAAUAAUCCCACUAUGAUCUAUACUGUGUCAAGCUUCAGCAUUAAACAGACAAUUGUAUCAGAUUGUUCCUUUGUUGCUUCACUUGCUAUCAGUGCAGCAUAUGAGAGACGAUACAACAAGAAAUUGAUUACAAGCAUCAUUUACCCGCAGAAUAAAAAAGGAGAACCAGAAUAUAAUCCAUGUGGAAAAUACAUGGUCAAGCUGCACAUCAACGGUGUCCCUAGAAAGGUGAUCAUUGAUGAUCUCUUACCAGUAGAUCACAGUGGAGAACUUCUCUGCUCCUAUUCAAACAACAAAAAUGAGCUCUGGGUAUCAUUGAUAGAAAAAGCUUACAUGAAAGUCAUGGGAGGGUAUGAUUUUCCAGGUUCAAAUUCGAAUAUUGAUCUCCACGCAUUGACUGGUUGGAUACCUGAGAGGAUUGCCAUGCAUUCAGACAACCAAACAUUUAACAAGGAUAAUUCCUUCAGAAUGCUUUACCAAAGAUUUCACAAGGGGGAUGUGCUUAUUACAACAGCCACAGGAGUGAUGACUGAAGAGGAAGGGGAACGGUGGGGUUUAGUGCCGACCCACGCCUAUGCUGUUUUGGAUAUUAGAGAAUACAAGGGUCUUCGCUUCCUCCAGUUGAAAAAUCCCUGGAGCCACCUACGUUGGAAAGGGAGAUAUAGUGAAAAUGACAUCAAGAGCUGGAUCCCUGAACUUCAGAAAUACUUAAACUUUGACCCCAGAACAGCCCAAAAAAUAGACAAUGGGAUUUUCUGGAUUGCCUGGGAAGAUUUGUGCAAGUAUUACGACGUUAUUUAUUUGAGCUGGAAUCCAGGUCUUUUUAAGGAAUCCACCUGCAUUCAUAGUACCUGGGAUGCGAAGCAGGGUCCUGUGAAAGAUGCUUACAGCUUGGCUAAUAAUCCACAGUACAAGCUGGAGGUUCAGUGCCCACAAGGUGGUGCUGCAGUCUGGGUUCUACUCAGUAGACAUAUUACUGACAAGGAUGACUUUGCAUGCAACCGGGAAUUCAUCACAAUGGUUGUCUAUAAAACUGAUGGGAAGAAGGUGUACUACCCUGCUGAUCCUCCACCAUACAUUGAUGGGAUUCGAAUCAACAGUCCCCACUAUCUAACCAAGAUAACACUCACUUCUCCAGGCACUCACACAUUUACCCUUGUGGUUUCUCAGUAUGAGAAGCAGAACACAAUUCAUUAUACCGUCAGGGUAUAUUCAGCAUGCAAGUUUACCUUUUCUAAGAUCCCAUCGCCAUAUACUAUAUCAAAAAGGGUGAACGGGCAGUGGAAAGGUCGCAGCGCUGGUGGAUGUGGAAAUUUUAGAGAUACUUGCAAGAAUAACCCUAUAUACCAGUUUCAACUAGACAAGACUGGGCCACUCCUGGUUGAGCUAAGAGGACCAAGGCAGUACAGUGUUGGACUUGAAGUUGUGACAGUCUCUUCAAUGGGAGACCCAGGACCUUUGGGCUUUCAGAAGAAAAAUAGUGGCGAUUACAGGUGUGGCUUUUGCUAUCUGGAAAUUGAGCAUACACCUGCCGGUACUUACAAUAUUAUUCCAAGCACUUUCCUUCCACAACAAGAAGGACCAUUUUUCUUGGACUUCAAUACUGCUUCCCCUCUUAAAAUAUCACAGCUGCAAUGAGAUCACCUACAACAACAUUUUUUAUACCAUAUGGCAAACUACAACUGUCACGCUGAAGAGCUGUCUAAGAACCUACCUGAGAAAAUGUUUACAAGGGAUACACAAAAGGAAUGUGGACUAUCACAAGAAGAAUUGCACUCUGAAAUUACAGCAGCCUGAUACUAUCUUUAUGUCCGUUGCAAAGCAAAGUGGAAAACUUGGAUUUCUCUUAUUUGUGCUGUGACAAAGUUGAGGGCAAGCAAAAAAGUUGCUGGUGUACCCUGAUAUUUUAUUUUGCAUGGCUUUGCUUGUACAAAUUUGGCACUUUAUAUAUUUUAAGACUUUUUUUUCAAAUGCAUUUCCCUCAUCAGCUUUGUUUUUUCUAAGUAAUAUGUCAGAGAGCUUCAAUUCUAUCCAUCUUAAUCUGGGAUAGUUGUCCUGGAGAAAAAUGAACAUUUAGCCUGCUGCCUUGAGUCAGGUGUCAGCUGAUUUACCUGAUCAAGUAUAGGACGGAGUAAAACUGAUACUUAUAUAUCACUGCUUGCUGGCUAGUAGAUCAAGUAUCUUCGUACAAGGGGUGAAAGAACUGGAUAUACAGAAUCUAUAAAUCUGUAAAUAGAGUGGCACAUUUUAUACAACUUGGGCCUUGAUUUACUAAACGUGUUUGUCAAACUACAGAACAGGGCAUGACUGAUACAUUUUCUUUGGGCUAAAAGCUGCAUCCUUGGGCUGAAACCCACCUCCCACUUUUAUUGCAUGAGCUCUAUUAUAAAGUCUGUACCCUCAAACAUAGUUUCACACCAGAAAUUCUAUAGGUGUUAAAGUUAUGCACAAGCACUUUCACUCUCUUGCUAUUGUGGCAAGUUUUCCUAGCUCCUUGGAAAAAGAUCAGCCUUCUACCCAGCCAGCUGUACUAGUUAAAUGUGUACAGUCCACAGAGAAAGUUAUUACUGCAUGCUUUGGUGAUUGGUGAGAUGGAUGGGAUUAAAGAAAACUAGCCCAGAGCCGGUUUGGCUUGUAAAAUUUAUCAAACAGGUGAAACAUCUGAAAUUCUAUGAAGUAAGCUAGGCUACCAAGGCCUUUUUGUUAUAUAUUUCAAAGAUAGAUAUGCUGGUAUGGCUAGUUAAUAAUUCUCAGCUUGGUUUUAUCUGUGGAGAAGAUAAAAUCAUUUUCCAGAGUUUUCCCUUGAGUUCCUUAGAAUCCAAAAGUUUAGGUGCAUCAGUCUUCUGAUUAGACAGAAAGAUUAAAUCAAAUUGUUCCGAUGCAAACUUACAAAUCAGAAUUCAGUCAGGAGUGGUCAAUGCUUUUAAACAUUAAAAUGAAACACAGGCUUGGCUAGCUAAAUGUAUUAAGAACCUUAGGUCUUUGAAGAUAUUUGCAGGAUCGUACUAGAACUUUGUGGCAUGAUUGGGCCUUUUUCUUUCCAGCAGCUGCCCAAAGACCACCCCAUUCCACCAAGCAAGAGUUUUCUUAGCAGUGGGUGCAGCUUCCUAGAAGUGAACUUCAAACAGAUCAAUCAAUACUGUGGAUGGCCUGAUGUAGUGUUCUUGGUAGUUCCAAUAGUACUGAUUUAUCAUAGGGUUGAUUCAUAAGAGAAAUCAGCCUGGAAGAUCUGUUUGGGUGGAUUUUAAUCUGUCUGUAUCUGCUCCUGCCUUUUGUAUAGAGAACUGGAAUAGCAAAGAGGAAGGGAAGGUUGAAUUUUUCACUGAACAUAUUGACAUAUAUUUCUUGAUUUCCAGUCUGGGUUGUAAUAAAUAUUCACUACUCCUAGCACUUCACCCUAAACCAUGAAAGGCCAUAAGUGGCUAGCUCCUAUUUAAAGGAUAUAAUCCUGGAAUUGGGACUUAUAAACUGCUGUUUUUAAUUUAGAAAGCAGAAUCUAGGAACACACACACACCCCCCUAUAAAAAAGCCAGUCACCAAUUGUUACUAAUUCUCAGUUCGGUUUGUAGCUCUGACUUGCCACUGCCUAGAGACCUAAAUCGAAUCUUUGUGGUUUUCAUCUAUUAAACUUCCAAGACUUUUCUUUCUUUGUAUGUUUGCGUGGAAUGAAACACACAAAAUCUUCACUCUACAUAUAUUGUCCACAUCAAAGGGGGAGGUGGGAAAAAGUCUUGUUCUCUUUUUCAUUCACCUGUUUGCUUUACCAAAUCUACUUUCCCUUUGUACCUGUACUGAACAGGAAUGCUUUCCAAGGUAACUAAUGAGAUGACAAUGUUCUGCAGGCAGACCUUCAUCUAUAAGUCAGUAAUCAAAGAACACAAUAACUGACUUAAGGAUGAAUUAAGAGCCAUUCCACAGAACAUUUAUCUAUUUUAACUGAUGUUUCACUCUAUUUUUACUGUAAACCGCCCAG